AUGCAGUCGCUCUUCGAGCAGCUGCGACACGGGGAUGCCCCCGCUGAAGAUGGCGACCAAUCAGAGCUCACACUGGAGGACUUUGAUCUGGCCAGUCUGCGGCGAAUAAGAGUUGUUGCGGACGAGAUCACGACGGAGCUGGAUGCGCUCAACGCCCUUCAUCGGGACGACUUCGAGUCCGCAGACAUGUAUCAUCGGGUACGAUACGCCCAUGCUCACAGGCAUAGCAAGCUGCGCAAAGAGCAUAGGCGGCUGCUCGAACAAAUCGGCCAAGGCGCUCAUCGACACGGUAUGGCGCUGGGCUCGGACAUGGAGAAGCGGCAGAAGAAGGCAGAGGGCGUAUCAGACACUGCAAUGAUCGAAAUCUUCAAGCGCGAUAACGAAGUAGCCUCUCACCGCAAGGCGUGGGACUCGAAUGAUUUUGAACAGGUCGUCGAGCUGGCCUCGCAGCGCAUCGAGGCUCUGGCCUACGCUCCUUCUCUCUACGACUAUGAAGGUGUCCAGGAGCUCUGCUCUAACUUGCAGCGCCGUUCGGAGGCCUACCAUGCUAUGAAGCUCGUCUCUCUGGCUCUCGCAGAUCUCAAGCGAGCGUACGAGCUGGUCACUGAGACCACUGGCUUUCAUCGGCAUACCGAGGCCCACAUAGCGAAGAAUUCUGACCUCGAAGCCUCUCACAUCGGAGGGCUUGAGAUAGCAGCACACAAAACAAAACGCUCUGCCGGCGACGCACUCGACGACCGCGCCUUCAAGAGACAGAGGCAGAUCCGGGAGCAGUCUCAAACCCCCUCGGCUGGAUUCCUCAGCUUGUCGCUCGAAUUGCUCUUGAACAUCUCAGAGUGGUUCGAUCCGGCCGACCGCAUCCGUCUCGCCAACACGUGUCGCGAGCUCAGGAGAGUACCUCAUCUGUGGCAGCAGCUCGUGUUUAAACGCAUCAAGCAGACGCUCCGAGUCGGCUGGCACCGCGACACGAUCGAGGCUUGCGUUGCUGCUAUCGAGACUUGCCAACGGCGUUCCCACGGCACCUUGACGAGUGUAGUGCUCAAAGGCUACAUCCUCCCUGACAUGCUCGGUCCCAUCUUCAAAGCUCUCCGCUCUAAUCCUCUGUCUCUACAAUACCUUGCCAUCCCGACGAUGCAACAAGAGUUGUGCUACCGCGAGCUGUACCGACUAUGCCCGAACCUGUUGGGUGUCGACAUCCGCAUCAAUGCUCGACACUCCUCUGACGGUGUACUGUACGGUCUCGUAUCAAGACACAGCUUAGGUCCGAGCACCAGCCUCUUUCCAUCUACGCCGAUGCCGUUCUAG